AUGGCGUCUUUCUUGGUGUGGGACUUGAGUAUCAACACAUAUCCUGUGGAAAGCAUGGAAAUCAAACACACGGAUCAGUGCGAUGAAGUACCCUGUAAUUCUCCAUGCAAGCAAAUGGAUACAUUUCCUUGCAGUUUACUUAGUGUAAGAAUCAUACGGAUGAGAAAUCUUCGCAAAGCUGAUACCUUGAGCGAAUCGGACUGCUAUGUGACCCUCUGGCUGCCCUCUGCCACAUGUGAAAAGCAAAGGACUAAAACCGUUAAUAAUGCCAGGAACCCUGUUUGGAACGAAACAUUUUAUUACAGGAUUCAAGGACAAGUCAAGAACAUGCUAGAGCUGGCUGUCUAUGAUGAAGAUGCCGUCAGUACAGAUGACCACCUCUUCACUAUACGCUUCGACGUUGCUCGACUUCCAUUUGGUGAAAAAGUUCUCAUGUGUUUUAAGUCUGAAGAACAGGCACAAGAAGAGCUGGAAGUUGAAUUUACAGUGGAGCCUGCAUCAGGACCUCCUGAAACCAUAAUCACAAAUGGAGUUCUAGUGUGUCGGGAGGUUUGCAAAUUAGAAGCUGAAGUGGAUCAGAAGACACGACAUAAAUCAAAGAAGGAUCUUUCGGUCUCUGUGAAAGGAUCUUGUGAAGGCUGCCAUUCCUUCAGGAUGGGCUCAGAUGCCAUUGUUAUACCCCCUUGCCCAACGACAUUUCACUAUGCCAAGUACAAGGAACCCACUCUGGAUGUUGUGCUGCCAAAAACAAAGCCACGCUACAAUCCUUGUACCUGUUCUUACCGCAUCAAAGAAGAUGUUCCACCUGUGAUGUUGAAUUCCCUUCCCGUAGGAGAGAAAGUGCCAAUAGUAGAGGAAAAAAAGUACAAUUUGCAUGUGAAAGUGGAUGAAUGUCAUUGUAGCUGCCCAGGAGACCUUGAUGUGCGUUUGGGAUAUGAUCUCUGCCAACAGGAGCAAGUGUUCUUACAUAAACGACAGAGAAGAGUGGCUCAAGCUGUUAAACAGGUUCUCCAACUAGAUUAUGACUUACAAGAUCAUGAGGUUCCAGUGGUGGGAGUCAUGACAACAGGAGGCGGGACAAGAUCAUUUACAACAACAUAUGGCUGCAUGAGUGCUCUCCAAAAAUUAAAUCUCUUAGACUGCAUAACAUACAUAUCUGGCCUGUCUGGCACUUCAUGGGCAAUGGCGCAUAUGUAUAGAGAUGCUCAUUGGUCUCAGCAUGAUCUGUGUGAGCAAAUAAAGGAGGCAAAGAAACAGGUUACCAAAAGCAAGAUGGAAAUGCUUUCCAUGAAUCGUAUGAAAUACUAUUAUCAACAGCUGAAUCAACGAAAGCAAGAAGGACACAAGACAACUUUUAUAGAUCUCUGGGGACUCAUCAUUGAGUAUAUGUUAAAUGAUGGGAAAAAUAACCACAAACUCACGGAUCAGAGAGAAGCACUGAUAGAUGCUCAGAAUCCAUUGCCAAUUUAUGUGACUAUCAACAUCAAGGACAAAUACAGCACUCAAGACUUCAAAGAAUGGUUAGAGUUCACUCCCUAUGAGGUGGGAUUUCUCAAGUAUGGAGCAUUUGUGGACCCCGAAAACUUUGGAAGUGAAUUCUUCAUGGGCCGCUUGAUAAAGAAGCUUCCAGAAAGCCGGAUAUGCUAUCUUCAUGGCAUGUGGAGUAGCAUAUUUUCAGUGAACUUGAUGUACAUCUGGAAUAGGGUUAGCACCUCUGAGGAAUUUUGGCAUAGGUGGACUCAAGACAAAUUAAUAGAUAUUGAUGAAGAGCCCAAUCUACCUACAAAACCAUAUGAGAUAAAGAGCCACAUGUAUGUCCCAGCUGGAACAUUUGCCACUAGACUUCGAGGGGUCUUGACAGAUCGCCUGUCUGUUGCUCAGUAUCACAAUUUCCUGAAGGGGUUUCAGCUGCAUAACUGUUACUUGGAGAAUGAACAUUUUCAUAGAUGGAAAGCUACUGUCUUGGACCAAUGUCCCAACCAGCUGACAGAGCAUGAAGACUACUUGGGAAUGGUGGAUGCUGGAUUUUUCAUCAAUACAAGUUGCCCACCACUUUUAAGGCCAGAGAGGAAAGUAGAUGUCAUUAUCCAUUUCAGUUACAGUUCAGGCUCACAGACACUGCCUCUAGAACAGGCUUGCCAGUACUACAAAGCACAAGGAAUCCCAUUCCCAGAAGUUGUCCUAAGUGAAGAAGACAAGAAACACCUGAAGGAAUGCUAUUACUUCAGUCGGGCUGACGUCCCUGGUUGCCCAAUCCUGGUUUUCUUUCCACUAGUGAAUGAUACUUUCCGUUUUUACAAAGCACCAGGUGAGCAACGCUGUACUGAUGCUGACAUGGAGGCAGGAAAGGUUGACGUUUCCACUUGGCGGACCCCCUACUCUACUUUCUGCCUCCAAUACACUGAGGAGAAUUUCGAUAAGCUAGUGAACUUGAGUGAAUAUAACAUCUUAAACAACAAGGACAUGCUUUUGCAAGCUUUGCAUGAAGCCGUGGAGCGGAAAAGACAACAGCAGCACUGCUGCAAGAAAUAA